GUGGUCAUUGAUGAUCGAUAGAAGGACACUGUUUGGUCAACGAAGAAGAUUCGAGACGACGCCGCGGAGGUCACAGAAUGUGUCAGUUAUCCUCAGUGGUGGGAGGAGAUGAGAGCGUUGUGCAAGUUGUUGGAUCCCAUCAUGGACAUACUGCAGAUGGUGGACAGCGACACGAGGCAGAUUGGCAAGAUUYUGCGUCGGUACGACGAGAUGAUCGUGUGUUGUUUGUCUGCAUGUGCCAUUUUGGAGAAGGACGAGCAGGAAGCGGUGCUUGAAGUGUUUGACAGACGCCGCACCAUGUUCAAGUCGCCUGCUCAUGUUGCUGCCAUGAUGUUGGACCCCGAGUUUCGAGAGCGCACAAUGCCAGAUGACGAGGAGAUGCAACACGGUUUGAAACUCGCUCUGGUUCAGUUUGGGUACCCGGAGCAUUCGGAUCAGCACAACGAGGUCCUGACUGCCAUUGACAAGUUUCAUUCUAGGGAGCCGUUGAGAGUUGAAGGAGAAGAGGAUGGAGACAACGAUUUCGACGACCAUCACCCGGACGUAGACGACGACGGUGGCGUCAGAGGCGAUGAUUGCGGUGAUGGAGGAGAUCGGUCACAACCCCGCUCAACCCAGAGAGACACUGACAGAGAGCCUGAUGAGGGAGCGGGACAUUGUCACGAUGAUGGUGACGCUGAUGCACGGAGUGGUGCAAGGGCCUCAGACAUGCAAAUGGUAACACCAUGCGUGGCGCUGCGGCAGGAAGCGAGCACCACACAGCACCGGAUGACGCUUGAGAUGGAGCGGACGAUGAUGGUUCACGACUUGUCCAGGGCGGUGACUUGAGGCGCUUGAAAUGUGGACUAAGGGAACGAGACACUAUCGCUUCACGUGUGCGCAAACGUCAUGGUGGGGUUGCUAGCAUUCCACGAGC